AUGGCCACCGAUGCCAACAACAAGGUUUUGCCUCUCACCUUUGCCGUCGUGGACAAAGAGUCAGGGCCUAGUUGGGGGUGGUUUUUAGAACGCCUCAGGAAUUCACUGGGGGAUGUGAUAGCAGAUAAGGACAUCUGCGUAAUUUCUGACCGACAUAAGGGUAUUCAAAAUGCAAUUGCAAACUGGCCUAGAGAUGAUGAUGGACGACUACGAGUAGUUCACAGAUAUUGCCUUCGACAUGUUACUAGCAACUUCAACACAUAUUUUCAGGACGCCACUUUAAAGUCAUUGGCCUUGAAAGCGGGGUAUGCAACUCAAGAAGCUAAAUUUGAGUUGUACAUGCAACCUAUCAAGGAAGCUGAGAUCGAGGCCCUUAGGAAGAAACGGAGAACCAAGCGGCAGGAAAGUGAACCCGACUCAUCCAUCAUGCCAUACACAUAUCUAAUGAAAAAGAAUCUAGACAUGUGGACCCAGCUACAUGAUGGUGGAUAUUGUUAUGGGGCUAUGACAACCAAUGUCUCAGAGUGCUUCAAUGGAGUACUCAAAGGUGCCCGUGGCCUACCCAUUGUUGCAAUGGUUGAAUUCACUUGGAGCAAACUUGUUGCAUAUUUCCAUGAUCGACAUAAAGAAAUUACUCAUGAUCUCUCAAAGGGCAAGUGGCAAAUGAGAAAGAUCCCUUGUUCACAUGCAAUUAAAGCUCUUCAGCACUUGGGGCAAGAUGCGACUACAUAUAUUGACCCAUGUUAUAGUUUGAAGAAUUUCAUUCGCACCUACUCACAUGCAUUUGUGGUGCCAAAGUCAGAGUCAUUGUGGAGGGAUGUGGAUGGUCCAAAGUGGGUGCCUGACCCAAACCUGUUGCGGGGCAAAGGUCGACUUGUGGCGUCUAGGAUACGGAAUGAGAUGGAUGGGGUCCGGCGAGAACCGGGAAGCUGGAGGCCAGAUUCUGACUUGAGGGAGAUUCAACAAAAGUAG